AUGGAGGUGCUGUCCCCUCCCGAGCCGCCUUGUCGCCCAUCGGCUGCAUCCUUGUGUGCGCGUAGACUCAAACCACUGGAUCACCCGCAAUACAACGAUAUACACGAAAACAACCCUACGCAUGCACAAUGGCCCUUCCAACCAAAUAACAACCAACCUCCCCCGACCCGGGUGACUGUAUGCGGGUUUUUACCUUUGCCAUCGAUCGUUGCUUCACCCAUAUGCACCCCAACUGAGAGUCUGUCAUCUCCUUUUCCUGUUGACGGCACACCCAUCUCGGAAAUUGAAGGUUAUCGGUCUUCAGCGACCUCCGACUCUUUGGAACGUGUAUCAUUUUCUCCGCCAACAUGGAUAUCAACGCCCCCUACCCCUCCAUUAAAGCUCAUUCGACGUUCAACUGCUUCCUCGUUACGAUCUCGCCCUAAGUCUCCGUUUUCUCCGUCCGCCUCAUUUCCGGCCUCAUUACAACAUCGCGGGUCACACCAAUUGAAGCGCUGUACUUCCUCACCAACCAUAUCAGGACGUUUCCAAGCAAUUUCCGUACCACUUCUAGGCACGAUGGAGGCAAAAUCGACUGAGCAAGACGACUUCUUUUCAUUGCCGCCUCAUAAUGAUGCUGUGCCUCGUUCAAAAUCCAUAUUUCAUCUUUCCGGAACUGAUAACGAGGAAGAAGUUGGUCAACCCUCGCUCGGUUUCAACGAGAGCCCGGACGGUAGUUGGAGCGACCAUAGUCCAUUCGAUGCUUGGGAGAAAGAGACAAACAAAGACGCUUUGCGCAAGUUUCAUGCAUUGAAGGAGCUUCUGACAACCGAAGUAGGAUACCUGAUGGACCUGAAAGCUUUUGUGAUGAUUUACUUAUGCAACCUUCCAACUUUGGGCUUACGUUCCAGUUCAAAUCCGACUUUUGGCCGCACGCCAUCAUCAUUUUCAAGUGGACCUUGGAUAAAUUCUUACACGCAAGUUCAGACUGUGCCGCUGAUAUCAUCAUUGUACCAGCCCGAUGCAACUGGUGCAUCUUCCUUGGUUUCUGCCAAGGAUGUCACUAAGUUUAAUAAUCCGCGAUAUCUGUUUACCGACACUGAAAUCGAAUGCUUGAGCAGGAAUGCCGAGGAAAUUCUCCAACUUCAUCAGCACUUUGUCAGAGAGUUAUCAGAAAUUUUGGAGCCUCUUGGAUUUUUCCUGGAGCAGGGUGUUGUGGAACGGAAACAAGAGGGGCCGGGAGACGUGUCCAAUCUUAACGCUGCCAUACGCGCUGUCUCAGCCAAGUUUGCGACCGAGGCUUCCCGUUUCAAGGCUUAUCAGUCUUUUUGUGCAGGACAUCCCGAGGCAGUGGACGCGGUCAGAAAAGUAUCUCAACAGCAUUCUUUGGAGUGGGAUGCGUUUGAGCAACAGUGUGCAACCAUGGUGGCCGAGUUGUUCGAAGAGGCUGAUCCCACCGCUCUCGAACCCUCAUCUUUGCUAGACUCUUCACCAGGGUCGGCAGAGGAUCGCAAGCGAACAAUGUCCCUCACGUCGUUGGACGGCGCUGUCCGAUCUUUGCGUCCACGAGGCGGUAUCCUUACGAGGGACUCCCUUCCGUUUCCCACUUCAGCCGAAAGUCGCAGGUACAAACCGAUGCGACGGAUUGCUUUUAUGGACUACCUCAUUAAGCCAGUCCAGAGAAUUUGUAAGUAUCCAAUGCUUCUUGACCAACUACGGUCUGGAAAGGCUGUUCAGUCUUUGUCCCUUAAACACCCUGAAGGCACAUCCGAUGUCGAUGUAGUUGUGGAGAGCGCGGCUCAAGCAAUGAGACAUGUUGCAACUUCCGUCGACGAAGCCCGCCAUCGACAAGGUGUCGCAAUCCAGUCAUCCCUCAUUUUAUCCCGUCUUGUCCUCAACACCUCUGCCACACCUUCAUCCAAUCAGAGUUCUCUCCAAUCAUUAACCCCAGGCUUCCUAUCUUCUCUUGGAAAUUGCCUUCUGGCGGGUUCCCUUGAUGUCAUGCAUCACCACCCGUCCAAACCGCUCGGGGACACGUCGAACAUCAAAGCGAAGUACUUAGGGGCGUUUUUAUACCCAGGUGGAUUUAUGAUCCUCGUCAAAGUUUCGAAGGGAAGGAAGUAUGAACCCAGGCAUUGGUUUUCUUUGACUCCUUUCGACCUUGAUGAGGCUGAUGCGAUGCUCCCCUGCUCAUUUCGUCUCACAAGCGACGAGCAACAUUUUGUACUGGCGGCAGCCUGCCGGCGAGAGAAGGAUGCCUGGCUCAGCGGUAUCCGAGAGGCUCUGACUCACUCGCCCGCUUGGGUCGACGAACCUACUCCGAGUUACAAGGUCGAUGACAAGGGUGGACUCAUUGCUUUAGAGUCUGAAGACGGACUCAAUCAGGCAUUCCCCGGCCUGCCGACCAUCCCAUCGAUGGUAGAAGUUUCUAACAAUAAUUCUGAUACAGAGUUAUCAGAGCCUUUCUUUGCUUCCCUUCGUGGUAAUCCUAAGCGAAAGAAGAAGCUUCGCAGACCCGACACAGCUCAGAAAGCAGAUUCGCAGCCCCCACCCAGUCGCCGUUCCUCAUCGACGUCCGUAAAGGCUAUUUUUUCGCCUAUGGUCUCCGAUUCAGAAACUAUCCUCAUUCGACGUUCUUCUGCUGUGGCUCGCCUCCAAGUUGAUCAAGGCCUUCAGGACGUCAUCUCACAGACUUGUUUAAGUGCUCGUACCUAUGCGUUUAGCCACGAAGAAGAACUCUUUCAAGUUCCACUUCGGUCCGGCCUUCCUAGAUCCUCAUCUGGCAUGAGUGUGGCAGGAAUGGCUAAGAAUAGACUCUAUAAGCACGAAAGUGUUCGCGUCCCUCGAAGAAGGACGACGGAUGGAUUGGAAAGUCUGGUUUUGAAGAGUGGGCCGCCCAUCAAGGGUGAUAUAAACUGCCAAAGGAACCCGAAAUCUUUGAAAAUCGCCACUAUAACAGCGAAAGAAUGUGACAGCUCUUCAUAUCCUUCACCUCCAUCACAGUUGUCCGAGAGUAGUUCCGCUGCUUCUGCUGCUACGUCGGCGAGUCUUCUCACGCCAUCAACUCCCGGCGCUGCGGAGGGUUCUCCUCUUAAGUCUUCGCGAUUUCUCGUUCGUGGCGUUAAGGAUUUAUUCAACUUCCGUCCAAUCCCUUCUACCACGACAAACCACUCAAGCCAGUCUUUGGCUCACACAGAAUCAAAUUAUUCACCCGGCAUGAUACAACGCUGGACGAAGGACUCUCGCAAACGAGCUCGAAGUACAUCUGACGUAGUGGAUCAACAAACCGUCCACAUCAUUCCUUGCUCGACUAGUGACGUUUGA